GGCGCUGCGCACUGCUGCCCGCCGGAGCUGGGCCGCCCGGGACCGCGCCGCGGGCAGCCCCGCGCAUCCCCCCUCCCCGCCGCGGCAUGAGGCAGCCGCCGGGCUCGGCGAGGCGGCGGCGGAACUGACCAGCAUGUUAGAAGAUGACCUUUAUUGCUGCUUGAAGCUGCUGUUCUGAAAACAAACAGUAGAAGAAUGUGGAAGAAUUCAAGACUCCGUUGCCUUUUCACAUUCGCUGUUUUAUGUUUAAGAAGCUUAAUAUAUAGUCAAGAGAUAGGUUCUCUGGGGUACCCCCAGAAUUUGAAAUGUGUAACACACAAUUUACAUAAAAUGAUCUGUACUUGGGAUGUCUCUUCUAAAGGAAGACACGGACAAACUGAUUUUUGCUACACUACCAAUGACCUCCCCUCUCCAGUAUGUUUUAAAACUAAGGAGAAAAGGGUUGAGAUUCCAGUGCCAGAGAGCUCCAGCACAGUGACAGUAACCACAAACAGCAUUUCUGGAACUCCUUUUGCUACCAAAGAAUUUGAAAUCCACAAGAAAGCCAUCUCAUUUGUUCCUCUUGCUCCACGCAUUCUUAGUUUAACACCUGAUUUUUCAACUUCCACAUUAAAUCUGAAGUGGAGUGAUAAUGGAUCGGUCUUCAGGUAUGGACUGGAUGCCUUUUGGCAGAUUCAGAUACUCCGUAAAGAAGCAAUGGAAAAAGUCACACAAGUAACUUACUAUUCAAAACUGACUCAUGAAGACACCAUUCUUUCUUGGAACUGGACAUCAGAUAUGCCUUUGGAGUGUACAUCACACUAUGUGAAGAUUCGCUGUUAUAUUAAUGUAACACAGUUUGUUGGCCCCAAGGAUUGGAGUGACUGGAGCCCAGUAGAAGAGGUCCCUGGGAAAGAUACCAAGCCCAGUGGGAGUGGGGUGUUCCCUCAGGACACUGUGGUGGCAGUAGGUUCAGAUGUGACAAUUUGUUGUGUCCAUGAAGAAGGACAGCAGGUACAACGGAUGACUUAUGGAUCAGAAAUAUACCCAAUGAUACGUCUGAGCAGUCGGAGCAGUGCAAUCAGAGUGCUAAAUGCCAGUGCUUCAGAUACCAGUGGGACAAAUGUAGUGUGCAUACUGUCCGAAGAUGAGAUGGAUGGAACUGUCUUGUUUGUAGGAUAUGCCCCUGAUAUUCCCCAAAACCUCAGCUGUGAAACAUCCAACUUUCUGAUAAUAAAAUGCACCUGGAAACCAGGCAGACCCAGUGGACUAUACGGAAAACGAAGAACAAAGUACAGUUUAUUUGAAAGAAUAUCUGGUAAAAACAUCUCAUGCGAAGUCAAUGAAAUGAACAGAGAGCGUGUCUGUGGCUUUCCAGUACUGGCUGAUCAAAAAACCUAUGAUUUCAUAUUAGGUGUCUCCAAUCCUAUUGGUCAAAGAGAGUCAUCGCUUUUGGUUGAUUUAACUCAAAGAGUUCAUCCAAAAACUCCAGAAAAGCUAACUGUUUCUGGGAACAGUUCUACAAGUGUCCGUCUGCAUUGGUUUAUAAAUGGCAGCUUUGCUGAGAUCAGGCUUCUGUGUCAAAUUGAAAUUAGCAGUGGUCACUCUGAGCGAAAAUUGCACAAUGUCUCCAUGCCUGGUGGAAAAUUCUCAACUUACACAGCUCAGCUGAACGCUUUGCACGCAUAUACCAAAUACCAGUUCAGGGUGCGGUGUUCAGCUGCUGACCACUUCUGGAGGUGGAGUGACUGGAGCAGGGUAGAGGAGCACACAACAUUGGAAGCCCCUCCUGCAAGGGGACCAGAUAUCUGGAGAGAGAGAAGUCCUUCUGGAAAAAGUCUAAAAAUCUUCUGGAAGCCUUUAUCUCUUUCUGAAGCCAAUGGAAAAAUAGUGUCUCAUGAAGUGUCCUGCUACCUGCUAGAGACACCACUGGAGUAUAAAGAAGUUACCGAACCCUCAAACAGUACUGAGAUAAAACUUGGAAAAAAUGACUGUGUAAUUAGUGUUGUAGCCAAAAACCAUGCAGGCUCGUCUCCUCCUUCAAGGAUAACAAGUGUGGAACUUCCAAGCGACAAUGUCAAAACAGAUCGGGCCGUGGCAAUGGGGAAUGGAAUUUAUAUUUCUUGGAAUUCUUACCCCAACAUGACCUGUGGCUACAUAGUAAAAUGGUGUCAUUCAUCUGGGUCUGAACCCUGUAGCGUGGACUGGCAGAAAUUUCCUUCAAAUACAACAGAUGCAGUGAUAAAGUCUGUUCUGUUUAGACCUGGCGUGAGAUACAACUUUUCACUAUAUGGCUGCAAAUCCAGUGGAUAUCAGUUAUUGAAAAACAUAACUGGGUAUAUGAAAGAGCUGCCUCCAAAACGUGCACCAAAUUUUACUGUAGAAGAAACUUCUUCAGAUUCUAUACUGGUAAAAUGGGAAGACAUUCCUAUUGAAGAUUGUCAGGGGUUUUUAGAGGGAUAUCGGCUUUCCUUUGCAAAAGGUGAAAAAGAUGCUUUAAAGCCUAGGCUUUCGGAAUCAGGGAAUCCAGAACUUAAAGUUAAGAAUAUCACUGAUUUAACAAAGAAGUCAUUGAAAAUACUUGAUCUUCAAGGCAAAACAAGUUACCAACUGGACCUACAAGCAUACACUGCUGGUGGCUUGAGCCCUCCAAACAGCCUCUAUGUGGUGACAAAGGAGGACUCUGUAGGAUUAAUCAUUGCAAUUCUCAUCCCUGUGGCAGUGGUUGUGCUGCUUGGAGUGGUGGCCAGCAUUUUCUGCUACCGGAAGAGGGAAUGGAUUAAAGAGACAUUUUAUCCAGAGAUCCCAAAUCCUGAGAACAGUAAGGCAUUGCAGUUUCAGAAGAACAUCUGUGAGGGGAAUAAGACACUUAAAACACUGGAAAUGAACCCAUGCACCCCAAAUAGUGUUGAAGUGGUAGAAACACGGUCUGCAGAUCCCAAGAUUGAAGACACAGAGAUGAUGUCCCCAGCAGCAGACAGCACUGUGCCUGAAGAUGGCUCUGACUCAGAGACAGAGAACCACGUGGUUGUGUCCUACUGCCCCCCUAUCAUUGAAGAGGAGAUCUCAAAUCCCCCUAUGGAUGAACCUGUGGGGUCAUCUCAGGUGGUUUACAUUGAUAUCCAGUCAAUGUAUCAGCCUCAAAUUAAACCUGAGGAGGAGCCAGAAAUAGACUUAGUGACUACAGCAGGCUAUAAGCCACAAAUGCAGCUGCCUAUCAAUGCUCUGAAAAUAGAGAGUUGUUCACCUGCAGAAGAAGAAUUGGAUAAAACUGCAGGUUACAGACCUCAAGCAAACACAAAUGCCUGGAACAUGGACACUCCAGACUCUCCUGGAUCAGUUGAAAGCAACAAUGAAAAUGCAUCUUUUGGGAGCCCAUGCUCCAUUAAUUCCCGACAGUUUCUGCUUCCCCCAAAAGAUGAUAAAGACUCUCCCAAACCUAGUAACAUAGGGUGGUCCUUUACACACUUUUUUCAGAACAAACCAAAUGAUUAACAGUGAGUCCUUGUUGCACCUGAACCUGCCUUCUAAAUAAGCUCUUAUUCCUAUUGUUGUAAAGAAAGGAAAAAGAAAAAUGCAAAAAGCAUGAAUUGUUCUUGGAGACAGUCAGCAGAGGUUCUAGUGAGCUGAAUUUUACCAUGCUUAAGUUAGCAAAAGUGUUAAUAUUCCAUUUUAAUAGAGGCCGAGAGGCCAAAAUUAUAGCAACUUAGUUAUUACUCUAGCAAAAUAUAUUGGAUAUAAGGAGUAUUGAGUUUAGAGCUCCUGAUAAUCAUAGUCAAAGAACUCUGCCUACCUUCACAUAGUGCUCCAAGAUUAAUAUUGUCUCAUGCAACUUAUAACUUGGAAAGACUGCUUUGCUUUGAUGUAGUUGUUCUCAACUGUGCAUACUCAAAUGAUGCAGCCCCAACAGGUUUCCUUACUGAAGGUUUCAUUCAUCACAGACCUCAGCCUAACACAUUGAAAUGAUGUGGUUAGAAACUCUUGAGAUCUUUUACUUAGUUAUAAACUAAGAACAAAUGAGAGUGCUAUUUUUUUUUCUUAUCCCAUACGGAAAGUUAAUGUCACUAUUUAACACUUCUGAAGCAAUGACCAUUCAAAUUGUUGCUUUUUAACUAGACACUAGCUUCUGUACCUACUGUACAAUGUUUAUUCAAUGUUUGACUCAGGGGUACAAACUUGGGGAAAAAAAGUGUAACACUGAUUUAAACCUCAACAAGAACUGCAUAAAGUUUAAAACUUUUUUUUUUUUUUAACUUAGAAUGCUCUAUAUUUUUCCUGUCCUUUGGUUGAGGUGUUAAUCUUUUCUAAUGUAUUGCACUAAUGCAUUUUGUAUUUCGUAGCUUCAGCUCCAGAUCUCCUGUGUCAAAGUGGUACAGUACUGCAUUUGCUCCCAGUGUUCAGCAGUCUUUGCACUAUACAGUAAUGUAAGCCAUGGGGAAAUCUCUGUCUACUAACACUAGCUGUUCAAGCAGUUUGGCACUCAGAGUUAGAGGUAGUAGUACUAGCUCCCUAAGAACAAAUUGCUCUUUGGAUGCUCUUUAUUGUAUUAGCUUUGCCACCUGCUGCCCGGCUGUUCUCCAGUGUCUACCCAAUAGGACCUUCUCUACAGAUUCUACCUGGGAGUACAAGGUGGGAUUUCUCUAGUGGCAGGGAGAAACCCGAGGAGGUGUUAGUGCCACUAAUUCUACCUCUCCUUUACUAGACAUGUGAUGCAAAGCUCAAAUGAUGUACUUAAAGGAAUGUUCAGAACAAUCAUCUUUGAAAAUGCUUGUUUUCAGAUAUGCAUCUCUAGGCAGCUGUAAUUGUAACAUUUCACUAUGUAAAUGUCAGACUGUGGCACACAUGAAUUUCACUAGCUUAAAGGAAAAAGUGCGUUCGAACUUACCUGUUCCUUACUGUAAAACGUGGUGGUGAGAGGUCAGAUGUUAAAGAGCUUGAUCAAAAAGGUGUCCAUAAAGUCCUAACUGAACCUUUUUUUUAGGUUUCCAUUUCCUUAGCUUUGUGGCUUUUUGAAUAAAUAAGAUGGAGUGGCUUUCUAAGCAAGAUCCCAAAACAGAUAAGGAGACCAAAUUGGCUAAGGUGCUAGUUGUAAAGUUGUGAGAACAGACCAGGAGGAUGGCUAGCUUGGCAGUCCUUUGGUCUCCAAACCAUGUGAUCUGGCCAUCUAAAUAAAACCAAGCAUUAGGUUAAACCUAAUCACAGCAAUGGAUGAUGCAGUUUCAGGUGUUGGUAUAUCUCUUCAUCUCCAUAGAGUGAAAAUACAGACAGAUUUAAAAACUGACAAAAAGGCAAAACACUAAAUAAUAUUGAAAGCAUCAUCAGUAACAAGGCCUGUGUGUGCCUCCUGGAAGAGUGAACUGUGAAGACAGUAAAAAUAGAUCUGUCUGCAGACCUGACAAAGUACAAGGUCUGUCUAAAAGAACAGAAAGUGCAGAUAGAAUUCUACUUUUGAUGUUGAAUCUUGGAAUUAGCAGGGCUGCACGUGAAAAGACAGGCAGUGUGAAGAGCUGGUGUCCAUCUGUCACCAGACAUUACCGCGAGAGAAAGUUUCAUGCCUAAUCUAUUACUGCCUGUUAUUCAGAACAUUAAACUAACACAUAAAAGGAAGUAGUUCUGCGCUUUGUGCUUGAUAGCAAGAGGUGGCUAAAUCCUAAUAGUAACAACCCUUUCUCACAAUAUCUCUUUUAGAGCAAAUUUCUUUUCACUAGUGCAGAUUUGGCUUAAUGCGUUUAUCUCCUAAGAUAAAUUUUAAAUUGUGCUGCCAAAUGCUUUUAAUUGAGAGCAGAAGAUGUCAUGGACAGAGUGUGUGGGUGGUGGUUUGGGUGUUAUAUUGAGCAGUUUCUCAAUCAGUAUUGUAUGGUGAGCUAAACAAAAAAACCCCUCUGUAGCAGAACAGCUGAUCAAGAAGAAUAACUGUGCUUUCAUAUGGCUGUGUAUUGCAAGAAACAAAACCAAACUGAAAUUUGAGAUUAUUCAGAAAAUGAUUGGAAGCCAGGUCACACAGAGCUCUCAGGAGACAGCCUAACAUCCUUCACAGUGCUUCCAUAGUGAAUCACUUAAACAGAAGCAUCACACACUCAGGUUUUCCUUUGUGCUGCUCUUUCUAUGCAGAAAAGGGAACAGCAUUUUAUACUGCUUCAUUUCUUAGUUAUUAGGUAGAGGAAAGGCCCACAAAUACAGGGUCUGCCUCAGUAUUAUCAAAGCACUUUCAUCUGAUUGUCCACCACUUUUUCUUUGUACUUUGACUAUAUAUUUUAUUUGGUGUUCUGUCUUCCAGGAUGUAGGGCAGAAGGGUCCUGUUAAUAUCAGUGACUUACAAUAUGCAUCAUCUUGUAUCAGUAGCAGCAGAGUGGGGCAUAUGGAGGAGAGACACAGGCUGGUGUAGCAUCAUUUACUGUUGCUUAAUAGAUAUGAACCAGGAAGCAGUUUUCAUUCCAGCACUUGAAAGCUCAGCUGCUUCACGUCUGUGGUUUCCUUUGAGCCUAUUCAGUACCAGCAAGUGAGGACUUCUUUCAGAUGCCUAUCUUAAAUCUUCAGCAGUGAAUCCAAAUACCAGAUAGGUAGUGAGAGGUUGUGUGCUAAUGUAGUGAUCAUGUGAGGACACCCCUAGGUGCAUGAAGCAGUAAGAAUGAGUGACAAGGACUGCCAGGGAAUGGACUUGCUUUCUGAGCCCAAGUGCCUUGUUAAACCAGUGAAGCGUCUUUAGGAAUGUCUUCAUACCAAAUUCACUUUUAAAGCACGGUGCUGUUUAGCCUCUAGAUGCAUUGAUAACAGUUUUAAGACUAAACUUUGGGCUUCAGAGGGGAUCAAACUCCUUUUACUUGUGCCUUCGGGCUUCCUGGUGAGCCUCUUCCAUCAAAUUUUUUCUGAAAAAUGUCUUAGGAAACUUAAAGUACUGCAUUUCCCAACCAUCAUUUUCUGAAAGACCUUAUCCUUUAUUGAACAUCUAUUUUGUUUUAGUUAUUUUGGCUUUUUGCUUUUUUUUUUCUAGAAGACUAGAAAGUUCACUUUUUUAAAAAACAAAACAAAACAAAACAAAAAAACAAAAACAAAACAACUUCCAGAAGGGAUAUGACCAGAAGGGAUUGUGUCCAAAACAUUGUUACUCCUAACUCAGUGCUUCAAUCCUCCAGUUGGAUCAGUGUUCAGAGAUGUAGGGUGUUAAUGCCAAGCAACUUCUUUCUGAAGCAAAUCAUUGGUGCUGCUGCUUUUUAUUUUUGAGCCAUGCCUGUCAUAUGUGACAAUUUGGGGUUUGUAAUGGGUUUUUGUACUGUUCGCUGUAUACGUGGAACAUCAGUUGUGUUUGAUGUAACAUCAUGCACUCUCCUAUUUGACACAUUAUUUUUGUUGUUCUGACAUGCAGGGGGAUAUGAAAUCUUGGUUUUCUGUGUUAAAUUCUGGGAUGGUAGAUCUGCAUGUGAUAUACCUCACAGAACUACUAGUUAAUAUAUCAACAAAAGAGUAAGCUAAUAUUACAGGCAGGUGGUGAAUUACCUCUCCUGCUAUGCAGUGGCCGUGUAGGCAGAUUUAGGACCCAAUGACUGGCAUUUGCAGUGGUAGUUGUCUUUGUUAUCUGUAGUUGCUACUUUCAUGGAUAAAGCAUUUCCAAAGGGAACCAGUAGCCGUGUUGUCCAUCAUGGCACAACUGGCAACUAGGCCGUGUUUCCUUCGUCUUUGGUUUAUGUGGGGGACCAGAGCUUUCCUCUGGUGGGAACACGGCAGCAUCAAGCUCCUGCUGACCUCAUGUUUUAGGCUGCUCUGAAGAGGCACAUUCAAGCCACUUUUUUUUUUUUUUUUUUUUUUUUUUUGAUAUGCUCAGCUGGGUAAAGCUUAGGGCUGUGGUAUCUCCUGUGAUUGUGUCCUCCAGGACACUCAGUUGAACAUGAAUAGUAGCAAAAAUGAAGGCAAUUGGAUGCAUUGGAGGGAGAAGGUGUUUAGACAUCACUCUGAAAAGGCAAUGAGAAAUCAUGUGCUCUAUUUUUAGACAAAUAUUGCUUUGUAAAUAGAAUAUUUGUAUACCUACAAGUAGAUAAAAAUAUAGUAAAGGAAUUUGAAAUACAUAAGAAAAAUAUAACAUUUAAAGAAUCAGGUUGCUCACAAGGCUCCACAUACCAUAAAUCUAUCAAGAGCUUCCCAUGUAAAUAGCAUCUUCUGUUCUGCCACAGACUGUGAUGAAGACUUCAGUGUAAAUGGCGUUAAUAUUUUUAACACUAAGAAAAGUCUUAACUCCUUAUGCACAUAUGUGCUUACAUCAUUAUGUACCUAGGUGCACACUGCAGAGGAAUUUGGCUUGCAAUUCCCAAAGCAAUUUCUUUCAGAGCCCUGUACCUGAAUAUAUGCCUUCUGAGAUGUAAUUCCAUCUAGAGGAAACAAGUGCCAUCUGCGUUCCCCCCGGCACAGAACACUGAAUUUGUGCUGCUGUGCCCUAUGUGGCUGAUGCUCAGAGAUGCUGUUGGCAGAUCGCAAGAUUUGUUGUUUGCUUUUUCUUUGCCUUUUCCUUAGCAAGCCUGGAAACAGUCCCAGACCCCAAAUGCCAGAUACAGAUUCAGAAAUGUUGGCAUGUUUAAAAACUAAUUUCCUCAUGCUUAGGCCUGUCUUAAAUUUUUAAAUAUCUUCUUGGAAGCUGGAAAACAGUUUCUUCCAUAACAAUUUUCUUUCCUCUCCUCCCCCAUUUAUAUAACUCUGGAUUUUCCCCAGUGUUUCUAAGAUAGCCAGUGUUUGUUUCCUUUUUGCAUGUUAUGCAAACAAACCUCAGAUGAUAUUGGCAGGGGUUCCUCUAACUUUACAAGUUGUCCCAGGGUGCAUGACAAUACUUUUUCCCCACAAAAACGUCUGUUAAUUCCUUCUGCUUUUACAACAAAAAAGUCUUCAGAGAACUUUUGUAUUUCAGAGGAGGGCAGGGUCUCUGUAUCCCCAUGCAGGUCUAAUACCACGGGGCUGCAUGGGAGGAUGGGGUUAACCCCUAUCCAGUCUUACCCUCUCCUUGUGCCAGUGCUGUUCAGGUGACUUUGUGGUGCAGCAGAGCAGAUGAAAUCCUUAUUUUUUAAUGUGAUACCAAACAAAAUCUCUAGGUAAGUUUCUGGACUGUCCCAAAUCUAUACUUUGACUGUUGCUACAUGAAAGCAAGCUCCAGUGAAAAUGUAUGCACAACUUCCACUAGGAGGUUCAAAAUCUUUGCAAUUCAUUUGGCCUCAUGUUGGGCAAAAUGUAGUAAGUAAAACUUACCCAGGGACAAAGCAAAAAAUUAAAUGUUCUCUUUUUCAUUAUUUUGGGCUGAGAAAAAUUCAAAAGAGAAAUAGCUCAAACAGGACAAAGUAAAAUAGAAACUGGCAAGGUCUCACACUUUUUAGUAGUAACACAACAAAAAAAGAAUCCUUGAACAUCUCUUUGUCAAUGUUUCCUUAAUGUGAUUCAAGAGUGGCUUAAAAUGAACAACGUUUUAUACUUCAUAGCAUGUCAGAAAAGUUUGUGAAGCAGGGGAUAGCAAAACCAGAAGAUAACGGAAUCGACUUAUCUCUGAAAUCCUACUCGAAGGUAACAGUAAUUUGAACUUUGAUCCUGUUGUGAUGGACAAAACAGCAGAGCUGGUGGAGUCAUACAGGUCACCUGAAAAAAAAACAUUGUACUAUAAUGCUGUAACUUUUAACAUAUAUACUGUGAACAGGUUCCAUGUUUUUUUAGUUCUUUUUUAUGCCAUAUUUUUUGCAGCGUAAAUAAUUUGUUUAGAGAUCUUGUUAUGUUCUGGUUUUACAAAGAUUUUAAUGGACUUUUGUUUAAUACUAGUGAAAAUAUUGUUUGCCAAUUUGAAAUAAUCAUCUAUAGAAACUAAUUCUGAGAAUAAAUCAAUAAAUCAAACUGGCAAAAUAGUCUUCCUAACACACUACAUCUAAUCAGUCAUUUAACCUAUUUCUAUUGCUGAAUGAUACUGAAUUUUUCCAGCUUCCAGAUCCACUAUGGAAAAAAUAUUUUUCACAAUUUAAACAAAAUCAUCACAAGGCACUUUAAUGAAGUUGUAGCAUACCAAGUAAAAUACUGAUUCAACUAAGUGUAUCAACAUGAAAAUUUAUUAGCUAAGCAGUUAAAUAAAUGCAUGCUUGAAAAAAGGAAGCGCGGGAUCAUGUUGGGGAAAUAAUAUCCCAGUGUGGCAGAUGACAUUUAAGACUAACCUAACACUAAGAUACCAACCUUGCAUAUGUUUUAAACCUAGUUUGCUUGGCUGUUGUAACUCCUGUUGUAUUGCUUGGGUGUCUAAAAAUACGCAUGUAUUUAACAAUUUUACGAUAGUAUUGCCAUGGAAUUUAAUAAAUAUAUUUUCUUACACUCUUA